AUGAUGCCAACCCUAGCUUUUAAACUUUUCAAAAUUUUAGACAUAGAUGACACUGGCAAAGUAAAUUUGGAGAUGAUUCAAAUCUUGGUGAAUUAGAUUCAAAUAUAUAUGUCAGAUCAAUACCUAAAUAAUGAGGAGCAUUAAGACCAGCAAGAUUAAGAGGAAGAUGAGCUUUAUUAGUAAGAAGGCGUAGAAUAGCCUUAAGCAUUAUCAAGAUUUAGCUCGCCAAGAGGAAAACUUCAAAAUAGUUCAAGGGACCUAAAUCGAGAUAGUUAGAAUAGGUUGAAGUUUCCAAAAAUUGAGCAAUCUCCUAGAGUUGAUGAUAACAAUUAUUUCACUAGCAGAAGAGUUAGAGAAUAGGAAUUCAAAUGCUAAUACUAGAGCGAUGAUGAGAUUAAUCAAAACCAACUAUCUUAGUAGUAGCUUUUCAGACCUAUGAGCGCAAAUUUGGUUGAUGCGGAAUAUUACCAAAUUAAAUUGAAAGAUAAUAAUAAACUUGAGGAUUAAUAGUUCGAUGAAAGAGAUAUUCAUUUGGCGUUAGAAGGAAAUUCAAAUGAAAUAGAUGAUGAUCUGAGCUCAAUACAGCAUAACCAUCAUAAUGACAAUGCAAAUAGAGAUUAAAUCAAAGUUGAAGGAAAAUAAAAACUCAUAAAUGAAAAUCUUUCUCAAGCAAUGCUGUUUUCAUAUGGGUCUUCAUUUUAAUCACAAUUUUCUUAACUUGGAGAUGAAGUAUAAAGAGCUUUAGAAAGCCAUAAGAAUAUUCACAAUAUUAAUCCUAUUAAUACUAGGAGCCAGCAAGUAAUUUCUCCAAUUGAGUGUUAUGAAAACAAUGUUCAUAUCGAAUAUUUUAAUGACUAAUAAAAUCAAAAUGAAGAUGAAUCUCAUAAUGUGAUAACUUAGAGAUAAAGCUUCAAAUCACCAGAUUUCAAUGAUUUAAAAUCACAUCUAGAUUAAUUUAGAAUGCAACGAGUAGAAUCCAGUGAGUCAGACCAUAAGGAUGAAUUAAAAAAGAUUUCAGAGAACCAUAAAAGAAUAAUGAAAGAUUAUGAAAACUAGCUAGACUCUAAUUCCAAGAGAAAAACAACUUUUCUUGUCCCAGAAUUCAAAUUAAACGUUAAUUAAAAGAACUCAAUAAUCAUUGAGAAUGAUUAGUUCAACAAUGCUUACUGUCGGCAAUCCUUUCUGAAGAAAGACUACGCAUCUGCUCAGAAGUUAUCAUAAGAUGAUAGAGGAUUUUACUUCAAAAGUAAAGAGAAUUCUCUAAACAGAGAAGAACGCGAAUCUCUAUAAAGCCAGUAGAUGAGUAUAUAAAAGAGAUAGAAUAAUUUAUUGGCUUUCAAAUAACUAGACUCCUAAGCUGGGAGUAGGCAAAUUAGUGCUGAAAGAUUUUCUGCAAAUUUAGCUUAGAAAUAAAACUUGAAUUCAGGUAGUCUAUUAAAUCCUUUGAAAAAAUAAAUAGAAAUGGUAUUCUAGAGAGAUUAUUAAUAACAAUCAACUGCUCCUACAUCACCACUUGGGAUCCAUAAAUUAUAGUAUAAAAUGAAUCAUUAGUAGCAAUAAUCUGUUUAAUAAAACUACUUCUCAUCUUUAAAUAAUCGUAAAAUUGAAAAGCUUAAACACUAACUCGAAGAAUCCCUGUAAAAAAAUACUAAAGAUUCUAGGAUUGUGCUAAAAAAUGCAGACAAUAACUAAGAUUACUACAAUAAAUCAUACAAUUUAAAUCAUGCUGUUUAAAAAUAGCAGUCCCUUUAAAGUUUUAGCACUCUGAAAAGUGAAAGACUUAAGGACUAAAUACUUGGUAUGAUUUCAAAUGGCAACAACUAAUCUACUUAAGGAUUUCAGCUAGGUCCCAAAAUAAUAAAAACUUUUUAUAAGAACCCUGAUGAGUUGACAGCCAAAUAAACAAAAUUAGCCAGAAAGGUUGAAGAGCUCAGUACAAAACUUGGUUUAACACCACCUAAGGGUAAUUAACAAAAAAUUAAUACAUAAUUUAAUAAAUUCAAGAUUAAAACAGCCUUGAUAGAUCUCGGUAAUACUCUUGAAAACAAAAGAUAACUCAACUCUAGGGAUUUCAAUUAGUGCAGUCAGAAUAACACAGAUAGUCUACCAAGGAAACAUAAUAGGAAAAUAAAUGAUAUGUAUGAUUAAGAGGAUCGAUUCAAGUACAGUUUGAAGAAAAAUGAGAGCAAUAGAAAUUAAAAUAGUUACAGCAGUACAAACUAGCAAGAAUCUACUCUUAGGUUAAAUAAGUUUGAGCUAUCACUCAAGACUUCACAGCAUGCUCAAUAUCUAGAUAGUGCCGAAACAAAGAGAUAUUCUUGUUUAACCAAAACUAAUACUAAUGGUAAUAUAGGCAGAAAUCUUAAUGGGGUUUUUAAAACCAUUAUGGAGAGAUAUUGA